CAUGCGUGUGGGUCUAUGCGUCAUGCUUGCUUGCUGCGACGUUGUGUAUCGCCGGGUAGUUAGCUUGUCUCGCGUUGUGACGUCAGCAGAGACCGUUCGUUGUAUAUCAUCAACCACAACAGGCUUUCGUGGCGUUGACGGCAAGUCACGUGACCAGACACGUGAUGCGAGGAAGAAGAUAUCGAAAGGAACACAGAAUGGUUUCUUUCAACCAAAAAACUUGAAAUAUUUUGUGAAAGAAGUUGCAAACUUAGCAAAAGUGAACAGGAUUGAUGAUGCCAUCGGUCUGUUGGACGAAAUGAAGAGAAGACAUCUUUCUCCGAAUGCUGUUGUUUACAACAGUUUGAUAUCUGAGCUAGGAAGACAAGGAGAUGUAACAAGGAGUUUCAAAUUGUUUAACAGGAUGAAGAAGUAUGGUCUUGUUCCAACUGACAGAACGUACUCGGGUUUGUUCACUGCGUGUGCUCGAGCAGCACCUCAAGGCAAACAACAGUUAGACAAACUACUCAACGAAAUAUUUGUGAAAGGAAUUUCGUUAAGUCUUGUAGCAUGCAACACAGCAAUUCAAGCACUGUCCAAUCACAAGAACAUACCAGAAGCCUUGGCAAUGCUUGACAAAAUGGAGGAACAGUAUGGAGCGCCUCCUGAUGCACGAUCGUUUACAUACGCACUACAGGCUUGUGCUCAAGAUCGAGACGAUGGAGCAAGUCUUGCUCAAGUCGUUUGGAAUGAUAUGGAGUCGAGAGGAGUUAAACCAGACUUGUUUGUUUACAAUAAGUUUCUAACAGCAGUCAGUGAUGCUCCUAGUGUCAACUACUCUGAUAUGAGUACAUGGAUUGCGUUACCGUUGUUUAGAAACGUGGAGUCGUUAGUAAAACAUAUGAGAAGUAAUGGAGUGAGGCCAGACAUUCGAACGUUUCAGACUCUUUCAGGCUUGAUCACUGGUGAUAGGAAGGCACAAAUUGAGCUCCAGUCUGUUAUGAGGGAUUGUAACGUAGAGCCGGAUGUCACAUUUAUGAACGCUGUUGUACGUCAGCACGCCGAAGCUGAGAAUCUUGACACAGCAUAUUCUGUCGUUAACAGAAUGAAAGAAGAUGGCCUGAGCCCUGAUAUUGCCACUUGUCAAGCAUUGGCUUAUGGUUGUCGAAAUGAACAAGAUGUUGUGUUUCUAUUGGAGAGUGCAGCUGUUUGGGGCAUCUCUCCUGUAGAUCCUAUUUUCAGCACGCUCUUGAGUUUGGGAGGAAGACGUCAUGAGUACAAGUAUCUGAUCGUAUUGUUGAAACUACUUGAUCGUUGCAAGGUCCCUCCAACUGAAAAUAUAGUAAACAUUCUCGACAAAGCUGCAGCUGAGAGACCAUGGGAGGAGAAAUUGAAGGCGAGAAAAAAAUUUAAUUUUUUGCAAUUCAAGCAAGGAUUUAAAGGAUUUUUACGAAUUUGGAAGCAACGUAAUGGCUUAGUGAUUGAUUGAGUUAUUGUUGAUAUACAGUAUAAUACCGGGUAUGUA